GUGAACAGACCUCGACAGAGAGAAGGUCUCAUUGUUGUUGGCAUAAUCUUAAAGUUUGCUGAAUUACAUCAAGUUUGCUUUUCACUUCAGUUAGUCAAUUACAUUAGUCGACAAUGUUAUUCCCUUGGAUAUUAAUUGCCAUGAUAUUGGCUGUGCAGUCCGAGUCUGUGGAGGAUGCAUUCAAGACGCAUGGCGUAGUGCCAGAUGUGAUACCUGAAGCACCAAACCAGUUACUCAAGGUCACAUAUAACAAUGGACUAGUGGCCAAAAAUGGUGUGGAGUUUACGCCGACACAGGUGAAGGAGCAACCCCUUGUGGAAUGGAACGCGGAGCCGAGUGAUUAUUACACGCUCAUCAUGACCGAUCCCGAUGCACCCAGUCGUGCAGAUCCCAAGUUCCGAGAGUUCAAGCACUGGGUAGUUGUUAACAUCGCCGGCAACGAUGUGAGCAGCGGUGAGGCGCUGGCAGAGUACGUUGGGUCCGGUCCACCCAAGGAUACGGGGCUGCAUCGCUAUGUGUUCCUGCUAUACAAGCAGCCGGGCAAGCUACAGUUUGAUGGCGCUCGCGUUAGCAACAAAUCGCGUCGGAAUAGACCCAAAUUCCAUGCAGCCAAGUUUGCAGAGCAUCAUCAGCUGGGCAAUCCGGUGGCUGGCACCUUCUAUCAGGCUCAGUACGACGACUAUGUGCCGACAUUGCACCAACAGCUGUCAGAGAACUGAUUGGUAUUGAUAUUUGUAGUAUUUCAUGAAUUAUAAAAGAUUUCUUUUGGUUUUAUUGUUUCUU